CGUGUCCGCCACCCAUCUUACAUGUGUGUCCACAAUUAUCCACAAUAAGAUUUGUAAUCGUGACGUACGCGACUAAUUAUGCGGUCUCUUUUUAACAGCUUUUUCGGCCGAUAACACGCCGCCUUUUUCGCGCUCACUAUCCCAGAUCAGACUCGUGCACCUAAACAAAUCUGAACUUUGAAACUUUGUAUUUGUGUUUACCUUCCAGCUCCAUUUUCCCCCCGCUCGAAAUGUGAUCCAGCCAGUGCGGCCGGCACCAACUUGGCAGUUCGACCGGGACUCGUUUUUCUCUUGAAUUUUUCCCCUCUUUAAGUAAAGCACGAAAAAGUUACUCAAGUCACGAAUAAUUACCCUAAAUUUCGUUUUCUCGUGAGGAGACAGAACACAAUUUCAAAUCGAACGUAAAAAUAACAAUUGAAUUAAAUAAACCUAGAUAUUUAUCCCGAUAUUUGUUUACCAAUUUGCUGAGGCCGAAAGAUGCACUUCAUAGUUUGAUGUCUGAAAAAUAGAUCCAAAUCUCUGAAGAUCUUUUAAAUAGCCCAAUCUAUGUAGUUGGAUGGCAUAGUUUUAGUGCGACUCGUUUCCGCGCAGCAGGGAUUUACGCAUUCUGGUUCUCAACUUGCCCCUGGACAAUGAAGUCAAUCCGGAAUGCAUUCGGCAGACAAUUUGCCAAAAGGACCAACCGGUCCAUUGCGAAGCCCAUCGCCACCGCAGCUCAAACAAAACCUGUCCCCGAAAUUCCUACCCUGCCCUCCUGCGAUGAGCCCGUGAAACCAUACGAGGGAUUAGAUUAUGAAAAAAUUCAAAAAAUAAAGUCUGAAAGAAUAGUACCAUGUAUAAUGCAGUAUUACAAGAAACCAUUGCUGAUUCAUCACGGGAAGAUGCAAUGGCUGUUUGACCACGAGGGCAACCGGUACCUGGAUAUGUUUGGUGGAAUUGUAACCAUCAGUGUUGGCCAUUGCCACCCUAAAGUAACUGCAGCAGCCAAAGCUCAAAUGGAUAAAUUAUGGCACACGACAAACAUUUACCAACAUCCAAACUUGUACGAAUACGCAGAAAAAUUAACUUCGAAGCUACCCGGUGAUCUCAAGGUUGUUUAUUUUGUAAAUAGUGGCUCCGAAGCAAAUGAUCUGGCAAUGAUGAUGGCUCGCCUGUACACGAAAAAUUUUGACAUAGUAUCCUUCAGAAAUGCGUAUCAUGGUAUGAGCCCCUACAUUAUGGGCACGACCGCUAUAUCAACAUGGAGGUAUAACCUACCAAUAGCUCAAGGGAUUCACCACGCUAUGAAUCCUGACGUAUACAGAGGCUUGUGGGGUGGUCAACACUGUCGCGAUUCGCCAAUUCAGACUCAAAGGCACUGUAACUGUUCCGAAUUUCGUUGUGAAGCGGCUCAAAAAUACUACGAGCAGUUGGAGGAGGUGUUCAAGUAUUCUCUACCAAGAGGCCAAGUUGCCGGACUUUUUGCUGAAUCGAUUCAGGGCGUUGGUGGAACCGUUCAGUUCCCAAAAGGGUUUUUAAAAAAAGCGUAUGAACUUGUCAGAACAAAUGGAGGAGUGUGUAUCGCGGAUGAGGUUCAAACUGGUUUUGGGCGAACCGGUGGUCAUUUUUGGGGUUUUGAAAUGCACAAAGUAGUUCCUGAUAUCGUCACCAUGGCGAAGGGAAUUGGAAAUGGAUUCCCACUUUCGGCGGUGGUCACCACUCCAAAGAUAGCAGAGACUCUCAAUUCUGCUCUUCACUUCAACACGUUUGGUGGAAAUCCGUUGGCUUGUGCCAUCGGCAUGUCCGUUUUAGAGGUAAUCGAGGAAGAGGAAACUCAAGCAAACAGCGAGAAGGUCGGCACGCAUUUUCUGUACGAAUUAGCGAAACUACGAGACGAGUUCGAAUGCGUGGGUGACGUCCGAGGCAAAGGGCUUAUGAUCGGCGUGGAGCUGGUCGAAGACAAGGAGAGUAAAAUACCACUCGGAGCUAAAAACUUCGUAGAGAUCUGGAACGACUGCAAAGAGAUGGGAGUGCUCAUCGGUAGAGGCGGCAUGAAUUCUAACAUUUUAAGAUUGAAGCCACCAAUGUGCAUCACCAAGGAGGAUGCUGACUACACUGUGGAUGUUCUACGAUACGUUCUCACGAAACACGCCAAAAAAAUACAAAAACACUAAUAAAUAUGUUUGUUUUUGAACGACAUGAUAUUGAUUAGUACCCAGUGGAUAUUCAUAUACAUUCUUGCUUUCAGAAAUAAUACUGAGCAUUACACACUACUUACUUCCCAGUUCAUCGGCCCGAUUGAAUGUAAUCCCGUCGUCUUUGACCUUCAGCUAUAAGUUGAUUGAGAUUGUGUCAGAGGUUCUAGUUUAAUCUUGCUAUCUAUUAAAUUAUUCAUUAACUUGUUCUCUUUUCAUGUGAUUAAACUCAGGCCUUCGUGGCUAGGAGAAUGUCACACUCCUAGUACCAACUUGUAACAUUAUGCCAAUAAACUCGGUAAAAAAAACCUUAGGUAUUCAACUAUGUACAUUUUGCAAAUUAUGUCAGAAUGGAUAUGUUACCGUCUGCGGGAACAUAGAGUUGUCAUGCAAAAUACCUACUCGGUUUAGAGGCUUUUGUCGAGUCGGGUCGAAAAAUUGGAUCCUAAGAUUUCGACGGAAAAAUCUCUUUAGGAGUUUGAAGAAUAAGUCAGGGAUAAAAAUUUGUGUGCUAUACAGAGCGUUAAGCUGUAAUGUAUUAUAAUUCCGCCAUUUUUCACUCUGGACAUAUCAGAUUAGAAUUAAUUUCAGUAGCUCGUUCUUGAUACUAAAAUUUUUGGUCUAUACCAACUUCAAACGUUCAUAUUGCGGUUUAGUCUGAUAUUUUCCAGCAUGUCCUUGUCCCAUCAUGUUUGUAGAACACUCUCCUGUACUCUGGUAUCAACUGCUCGAUUUUAAGUAUUUGUGGAUCAUGAUGCUCAUCUCUUAAGAAUGAUUUUUAUCUUUGAAAGAUAUGUUUCAAAUGUAUAACUUCUUGCAAUGUAGGUAUGCUGCUGUUUU